AUGGAACAGUAUAUUACCAUUGAGGACAUGGAGAUGAUGCCCGUUUUUACGGAUCUGCAGAUGCUGCAAGAUGAUCAGCAGCUAGUGUUCAACGAUCAGCAGCAAGUGGUUUACCAAACAGCGGGACCAGCAACAGCGAUACCGCAGCAAGGCAUCAACAUACAUUCGUACAACAAUCGCUUGGUGUACACAACUUCGCCGCAGGAGCAGCAACAACAGCAACAGCACGUGCUGCGUAACGUGAAACAACAGCAGCAGCAACAGUUGCAGCUGCAAGCACAAACCGCACAAACUUGGUGCAGACCAAGUGCAGAUACAGAAGACGCCUCUGCACCAGCAACAACAAGCGGUGCAGCAACCAUAAUUGGUGGCAACUACCGCCCAAUUGGUACGCUCGCCAUUUCGUGGCAAAACACAGCAGCAGCAGUUGCCGCCGGAGGAAGCGCCACCUUUGCGCCGUGCACAGGCAACAUGCACGGCAGGGGCAUGGCCGCCAUUUGGGGCAGAAUGACGCGUAGUAGACGUCAAGUAGCCGAAGUGGAAACCGUGUUGCUGCUGAGCAGUGAGGAUGAAGCUGAACAGGAUAAUGACAGCGCUGUGAACAAGAGUAAUGGCAAUACUGCCUGCAAUCCAAUGCUGCCCGAUAUAAACGAGAAGGUCAGUAAUAAUACAUCAAAAUUAAUAACUAUGUACAUGUUUAUUUAUUGUGCGAUAUUAUCAUGA